CGUGUGGGACGAGGUGUGGGGACGGAGGGGACGAGGAGGGGGACUCCUGUCAUAGAAGAUGAAACCUACCGGCCCCGCCGGCGGGGCGGGGACAGCCGCCGCGGGGAGCAGGGAGGAGGCGGGCUGCUGGGCGGUGUCGCCGGAGGGGCCGCGCCCGGCCCCGGCGGCUAUAAAGAAAUGGAGACGGCGGGGCGCGGCCUGGCGGCGGUAUGACCGAGCGCUGGCGGUGCGGUUCCUGACCAGGCGGUUCAUCGGAGAGUACGCGUCCAACGCCGAAUGUAUCUACACUAAACACUUAUGCCUGGAUGGGAGACAGAUACACUUGGAAAUUUAUGACCCUUGCUCACAGCCACAGCGGGGGAAGCUCUCCCUCACAGACGAGCUCCACUGGGCUGAUGGAUUUAUCAUUGUAUAUGACAUCAGUGACAGAGCAUCAUUUGCAUUUGCAAAAGCAUUGCUGUACAGGAUCCGAGAGUCACACAUAGGAGCUUGUAAAAAAAUGGUCGAGUCGUCAGUAUUUUUGGUUGGUAAUAAACAGGAUUUAUGCCACAUGAGGGAAGUUGGCUGGGAUGAAGGACAGAAGCUGGCAAUGGAUAACAAGUGCCAGUUCUGCGAACUGUCUGCAGCAGAACAUUAUCAGGAAGUUGUGGCAAUGUUCAUGAAAGUCCUGAGAAAUAUCACCUCAAAUUUCAAAUUGAAGGAAAAGAGACGACCAAGUGGAUCAAAGUCAAUGGCCAAGUUAAUCAACAAUGUGUUUGGAAAGAGAAGGAAAUCUGUGUAAAAGAGGGUUAGUCCUGAAGUAGGAAUAAGCUGAAAUAAUGAAGCACAGGCAGCUCUUGGGAUUCAGUCAACUUCCUCCAAAGGUCAAUGUCUGGAGGAGUAAGACAGUAGAAACCAAAGGCAGGAGACAGUAUGGUCAAGUGGACAGGGUCUAGCCCUAGAAGACCUGACCUUCUAUUUCCAGUUCUACUACAGAUUUACUGUGUUAGGGCUAUGUCACUUAAACUCUAAGAUGCUCCUCUCACCCUUUAUCUCAUAAGUUCUUCAGAGGAGAGUUUUAGUCUUUAUUUAUUCAACACCAACAUGGUCUUGGAUAGAGCUUCAAGGUGCAACUGAAGUAUAAACAGUUAAUUCCAAUAAACUCAGCCAUGCUGAUCAAAUUCUGAAGUAAGAUUUCUGAGAAGUAGUUUUUAUUUGUGCAAGAACACUUGCACUGAAAAAAGCGAAAUACUGCUGCUUUAUGUGAUAAUGUAGUUGUAUUUAACUCAAGGAAGGAUGGUUCAGAUCCUCAUGUGCCUCAGGUGCCUAACACAUGCUGAAAUUCAUAUGAAUUUAAUGCUUAGGCACCAGACCUGCAAAAGGUACUUACUUGCAAAGCUGCCUUGCAGAGGCACCAGAAGUAGGGAAGCAGAUAAACAAAGCGCUAUUGUCUCCUGUUUUGGUAUCUUUUUUUUUUUAUUUUGAGUGGUGAAAGAAAGUAGAGAAGGUUGAGGAGAGUGGGAACGGAAAUGUUAGUGAAAAGUCAGUCAGUGAGCAUUGGACUCGUUUGGCAAGGUCAUUGUUUAGUGAAAUAAUUUUAUGGAUCAGGCCAGUGUGAGGUCAGCAUAACACCUUGGGCUGAUCCCUUUCACAGAGCAGUAUUUUGUGGACUGUAACAAAGUUUCCUUACCUGUAAGGUGGAUGUGCCUGUCCAGUUCUAGAUGGGAGUGGAAGCUUGAAAAGCAUAUGGACUGGUAAAGAGUACAAGUUCUUUAGGCUGUCUGCCUGGAUUUAAAGGUCAGCCUGCCCGUAAGACCUGUGCUCCUAACUUGCAUAGAGUGUUUUUCCGAAGGACCAAUGUCUUUACAACUAGUCAUCACUAUAGUAUUGAAAUGUCACUUGAGAGAGCACUAAGCAAUAUGUUAGCUACACUUUUCAAAUGUGGAUGUUAAACAUCAGAUGGGUCUAAAUACCUUGUCAACUGACAUUCAGAGCUCUUACUGUAGACUUAACUAAAUAAGGGCUUAGCCCAGCAUGUUUGGAAGUGCUGUGCCCUUACAGAAAUUCUGAAGAGGAAAAGGAGUGACCUGAAGAUGAAUUACUGCCUCCUAUGCAUUCCAGAGGACGGCUGGGAUUCAGUCUGUACGCUGCUGUGUUGAAUCCUGCCUCUGCUCUGAAAUUUUACCUGCAUGGAAACUAGUGGAUUGCUUUAUCAUUCACAGCAGAAUACUGAUUUUUCAAAUGUCCACCCCCAUAAGACAACAUUAAAAAGCUAUAUAAUCUUAACAUUACUGCUGUAAAAUAAAACUAAAGCACAUCUUAAUAAGUGUUGACCAAAGAUUGUUUCCUUUUUUUAAGUCUUUUAAGACUACAGAUAUUGGAAUAUAGUUCUCGGUGUUGACAGGCACAGUGUUGAUUUAUUUCUAUGCAGAUGCUGCUCUUCCAUAUCAGGAGUAGUGUAUAUAACUGUAUUGUCAAUAUCUAUGAGGCUGAAUUUGAAUACUACUCAUGUACACCCUACAGCUUUCCAGCACACAUGGAAUUCCAGAACUACCAAUAGACUGUUGAUCUGUCAGGUAGCUGUAUCUUGCCAGCUCUAGCAUUGCCAGAUUUGAGAACUCUUACCUGUAUUUACUGCUAUUUUAGUUAAUAAACUGGAUACAAGAUGGAUGUA